CAUGGAGACGGGCUACGUAAGAGACAUGAUUUAGAAUUCGAUUUACGCUUGCUUUUUUGUAUUGAACUUUAUAUAUACUUUAUACACAAUGGAUCCUGGUGAUCAGCAUCUAACUUUAGAUGAUUUUAUAACAUGGAAACUUCCCGCUUUACGUGACUUUUUGACCAAGCGCGGUUUGUCUAAAGACGGAAGCAAGAAAGAGCUCUCGGCAUUAUGUUUCGCAGUAUUUACUAUGAAGCUACCACUUGUACAAACUGGUGCCUGUAUUCUAAAACAAAAUCAGGAAGAUUAUUUUAAAUUGUUAUAUGAAGACGAUGAAUAUAUACCGGACCCAUUGUUAUUACACACUGGGUGGGUCGAGGAGAAACUGGGAUUGUCAAAGUGGCCACCUAUCUAUAUCACCGACAUCAUUAACUUCCUUGUUACCAGACAAUCGUCGACUGCUGUACAGACCAUUCUUAAUGAUUAUAAAAUCGGAAAGGCUUACGAGUACUUUCAGUCUGGUCACCUUCAGGAAGUUUACUACCAUUCCAUAUCGGCUACAUCGACUAAUUGUAUUUUGUCGGCCAAAUGUACACCGUCACAGAAAGUAAAAGACGAUUCACAUACAGUGUGGGUUUGCUGUUGCAAGGAAAGUGGAACAGUAAAAUCGGCUUAUUGUACCUGUACAGCAGGACUUGGAUCAACAUGUAAUCAUGUAGCGGGUCUGCUGUUUCGAGUCGAGGCGGCUAACAAAAUGGGAAUCGCUUCGUGUACAUCUGUCCCAUGUGUAUGGAAUUAUGUCCCAUCAGGCCAGAAACGUGUGGAACCAUGUCAAUGGAAGAACAUGACAAUCAGAAAAUCCAGACAUGGCAAAGCAGCUAGUGUAAUUUAUUUACAAGAUUCUAAUGCAAUUGAAUAUACAUUUGAAAUAUUAAUUUACAUAUAUAGAUGUGCUAUUGACUGUACAAUGUAUUGAGAUAUUCACAGGUACAUAUGGUGUGACUGAGCAAAAAAAAAUAGUAUAUGUAUUAUACUAUUUUUUUUCUCAAACAUGAUAUAUA